AUGACUGUCACCGAGACGAUCAAGAAUGCCGUCGGCCUCAGCAGCGAGCCGAGAAAGGCCACCCGCGAGGAGAUGAGCGCCGCCAGACUGCCCAUUCCCUACCGAGACUCAUGCGCAAAUCUGCUGAUCCCAUUGAACCGCUGUCGGUACGAGGAGUACUAUCUGCCAUGGAAGUGCGAGGACGAGAGGCACUCAUACGAAAAGUGCCAGUAUAUCGAGUUCAAGGAGCGCGUGAAGAAGAUGGAUGAACUGAGGGCAGCAAAGGGCGGCCAACGGAGCAACUGA